AUGGGCGCGGCGUGGCUGAGCUGGCACAUGAUGGACCACUACCGCUUCACCAGGGACGAGGCCUUCCUCCGGGACGUGGCGUACCCGUUCCUCGUGGACGUGGCCACCUUCUUCGAGUGCUACUGCAUGGAGUACGACGGGCACAACGCCACGGGCCCCUCCCUCUCGCCCGAGAACUCCUUCUACGUGCCGGGCAACUGGAGCGUCGCGGGGGCCAAGGAGGCGAUCGACAUCGGGCCCGCGAUGGACGGCCAGCUCAUCAGCGAGGCGGUGGAGAGCCUCAUCGAGGCGGCGGGGGUCCUCGGCAUCGACGACGCCGACGUCGCGGCGGCCAGGCAGUUCCUGCCGACCAUCCUGCCGCAGCAGGUCGGCUCGCUCGGGCAGAUUCUCGAGUGGCGGCGGGAGUACAAGGAGGCGGCCGUCGGGCAGAAGCACCUCUCGCCGCUGGUGGGCCUCAUGCCGGGGCGGCAGUUCAGCCCGCUGCGCAACGCGACGCUGGGGGCUGCGGCCCGGGUCCUCCUCGACAGGCGCGUGUCGAACGGCUCGGGGACCACUGGCUGGUCGCGGACGUGGCUGAUCAACCAGUUCGCUCGGGUCUUCGAUGGUGACAGCGCCUGGGGUCAGCUGACGCAGUGGUUUGAGAAGUUUCCCACGCCGUACAAUCUGUAUAACACGGACAGUGGAUCGCCAGAAUAUGUCUUCCAGAUCGAUGGGAACUUCGGUUUCGUCAGCGGCGUCACGGAGAUGCUGCUGCAGAGCCAUGCUGAUGUUGUACAUCUUCUGCCUGCGCUGCCAUCGGCGGUGCCCACUGGCUCGGUGAGAGGACUUGUUGCUCGUGGGAACUUUGUCGUUGAUAUUGCGUGGGACGGAGGGGCCAUGACAAGCGCCAACAUCACUUCCAGAGCUGGUGCUGAGCUUGCUCUCCGGAACAUGAAUGGCUCCAGAAUUGCUGUGGAUGGCGAGGCGUAUGCUGGACCGAUAUCGACAACGCCUGGUGCAACCUAUGUUGUGACUCCCAGUUAA